CAAGCGAUUAAGAACGGGGAAGAGGCACUAGGUGCUACACCCCAAGCCCACCCCAAUAGAGGUGGCAUACAGAAUACCCUGGGAGGGAUGCUCUUCGUGAGAUUCGAGCAGUUAAGAGCCCGCAACGACCUCCAAAAAGGGAUCGAGCGCAGCGAAAAUGCACUAGCCACAGCACCUCCUGACCAUUCCGAUCUAGCGGCAAUUUACAAGAAUCUAGAAAACAUGUUACGUACGAG